AUGGUCCUGAAAACGAAAAAGUGUCAGGAUGUGCCGAUGUCCGAAGAAUCUGCGAAUGCGAAUGUAACUGAAGUGAACUUACUUUGCGUCGUGCUCGAUUUGGGUGCGGAAAAUUGGCGCGCAGCUGUGAAUAACGAUGUAGAUCUCCUCAAUCAAUGCAUCGACAGUGUUCUUGCGUUUGCGAAUGCCUACCUCGCGAUCAAAACAUCCAAUCGGAUAGCUUUCCUCGGCUGUGAUCCACAGCUAUGCCGGUUCUUGUAUCCCCUCGCCACUGAGAAACGAAUCACUGUUCUUUCCGAUGGCCAGUUCCCGUUUCUGGCCGAGCUUGACGCAGUCAUCAAGCAAGAAAUGAAGUCCAUCCUCGCUUUGCAAGAUCCAAAUAACGUAGAGGCUGUCCUCAAUGAUCCCCUCAUUCCUGCUGCGCUGUGCAAAGCUAUGUGUUACGUCAACCGGACUCUGAAUUCUUUGAAAAAUGGGGAGAAAUUCAGCGGAAGGAUUCUCAUUGUAACACCGACGGCAAACUUCUCCUCCGGUCAUAUGACGCUCAUGAACACGUUUUUCGCCGCCCAGAAGCUCACUGUUGUGAUAGAUGCCUGUCUGGUUGGCUGCGAAAAUUCCGGACUGUUGCGACAAGCUUGCGAUAUCACUGGAGGAAUAUAUAAUCAAAUGUCACCUCACGCCCUUCUGCAAAGUUUGUUGUUCCGAUUUUUACCAUCUUUGAAGGACCGGGCGAUGUUAAAUCGUCCAGUUCAACCUGCUGUUGACCACCGAGCAUCCUGCAUCUGUCACAAAACAUUGGUAGAAAUCGGCUUCGUUUGCUCUGUUUGCCUUUCAGUAUUCUGCAAGUUCAGUCCAAUCUGUUCGACUUGCCACUCGGUUUUCAAGUUGGCGCCUCUGGCAGGUCUUCCAUCCAAGCCCAACAAGAAACGGAAAAUCGCUACGAAUCAUAUUUUGCGCGCACGGAAGUUGGAUGCGAAGUUUCUGAGUGAAUUCAGGCCUCGUGGUAGCUUCGAGAAAAAAUCACUUCCUGAAUUGCGAGAGACGUUGGCGACGACGUCAAACGAAAGCCCCAGCGAGGAGGAACCACCAGGGAAAAUAAUUCAGUACUUACAAAAAGAAUUGAUUCCGAAAUUCAAAGGAAGAAAGCGCGGAAUCCGUCGGAGAUCAAGUAGCAAAGCAGUACCGCAUUCUUCCUGCACUGACGAAGAAGUCAGUCCAGAAUCAUCGCACGAAAAAUGGCGGAAGGAGAUCUCUGCUUUGAAUCCCCCGGAUCGGGAAUUGAAAUCUCGCCUGAAGCUUGCAGACGGUGUUCUUUGCGAAACCCGUCGGAAAUCCAAGGAAAUGCGAUCCGUUCAGUCUGUCAUUGACAAACUACGCGUUUUGAGAAGCAUUCGAGAGGAGGCCCGCAAAGAAAGCUCAACCCUCAGAGACAAUCCACUCGAUAAAGAUCGGUUUCUUGCCAUGCACUCGCAAGUUUCGAAUCUUGUGGAAAGACAAUUACAAAUCUAUGCCAAAGAAGAGAAAACCUUGAAGAUUUUUGUGAUCAUGGUGCAAAAUCUUCUAUCGCGAGUCUCGCUUCUCAAUAAGACGAGUGUCGCGAAGUUCCACGUUUCCGGGAUAUCGCCAUCUUUAAACCAUGAGGGCACGAAGGAAAUCCCUUGGUGGUUCCCCGGCCACAUGAACAAGGGCCUGCAACAGAUGCAGAAAGUGUUGAAAAACGUCGACUGCUUCAUCGAGGUUCACGACGCUCGGAUUCCCUUCACUGGACGAUGUUCUCUGCUUCGCGAUCGUCUGACUGCCAUCAAACCCCUGAUUUUGUUGUUGAACAAAUGCGACCUGGUUCCUCCUGAACUGUUGCCCAAGAUGCGUCGGAAGUUGAUCGCCGACGGAGCAACGGAUGUGUUUUGGGCCGGACAAGAAUCUUCUCAUCACGACACGCGGAUGUUGGUGCGGAAUGUGAAGCGGAUUUUGCGGGAAGUGCCUCGGUAUCAUCGCAGUGAAUCAGUGGAAAGUAAUGUGAUGAUCGUUGGUGUGCCGAAUGUCGGCAAGUCGACUGUGAUUAACCGUUUGCGGCGGUUGGGUGUCGGUGGAGUGUCCAAGGGGGCGCCUGUGGGUGCCAUUGCUGGGAUGACGAGAUCUUUGUCGAAGAUCAAGGUGUCUCUUGAUCCUCUGAUUUACGUGUUUGAUACUCCGGGGAUCCUGGAACCGAGAGUCAGGGAUCAGGAAUCCGCCAUGAAGCUGGCUUUGGUUGCUGCUUUGCCAGAUGACAGGAUCGGUCCGUUGGAAAUCUUGUCUUACAUGGUCUCGUGGAUGAAAGCCUCGGGGGAAUUCGAUGUUGACAAGCUACCCGAAUACCUGGGACACGAGCAACCCUGUCCAAGUGAAUUCGAGUCUUACAAGGGCCACCUGGGGACUUCCGCUGAGCGUCUCUGCUGUGACCACGCUGUGUCUCGAGAUUGGACCCGCAAAUUCAGGUCACCGGCGACCGGGGAAAUGGUCGUUAUCCCCGACUUGACCCGAGCUGCCGCCGAAAUUAUUUCUGGGUUUCGGUCUGCCAAGUUCGGGAAAUUCUGUCUGGAUGUCAAGCAGCUUGAGGAGAAGGAAGAGGCUGUGGAGAUGCUUGACGCUGUGGAAGAGAGAAUCAAGGUGUCCUACCAGAGCAAUCAGAAUUACGAGGACGAGAACUUGCCUGUUUUGGACCCAGUGAUCAGAUCUUUCUGCAAGAAUUGCAACUUGGUUCUCAGUGAGCCGGAGUUGAUGCUGUUUGUCGAAAAUUUCUAUAACUCGGUGAAUCGAGUGAGGACAACGAGGGACAGAUUGGCUUUCCAAGCGGAAUGCGACAGCUGCAACGUGAUCCUUGCCUCAGGGGAAGAUGUGCCUCGUGUGGUGGAGAUCCUCGCUGCGAAAAAGAAUAAGUCGUGAAGCCUUUCAUCGAUUGCAAGUUUGUCACGAGGAAAACGGUCUCAAGCCCCCUUUUAUUUAUCAGUUCUUGCCUAUUACGUUUUUGCAGCAUUUUGUUGAAUUAUCUCGUUGUUGAAGACAUAUUGAUGAAAACCAUUGCGUCUGUAGUUGUUUUUCGGGUGAUGACUGACGACCGAAUGAAAGCAACAGUCUCUUGUGCGAA